CUGACCCGCUUGCGUCCAGAUUCUUGCCCGUUCCCCGUCAUUGCUUCACUCCAGCUAUCUAUCGUCCGUCAUUCCCUCCGCACUGGGCCUGUUAUUCAGAACCCGGUUCUAGUCUAUCUCAACCUUAUCACUUCAACUCUCUUCAAUCUUUUUUUUUACAAACCCCCUUUUCCUCUCUCCCUCCCUCCCUCGAUAGACCCAUAGGGCAGGUCCCUCCUCCGACGCCAUCAUGAAGCACAUGCGCAACCUCAUCUCGACAGCGCAGGUUCUUCGCCAUGUCUUCGUUACUCCUCUCCAAGUCCCUCGAUUCCAAAUUCCCCGCCGGGCUUUGGCCCCUACGCUCAACCAAUCUCGACUCUACGCAAGCCCCCGAUCGCUACCAAACCAAUCGGCGCAAGCCCAAAAGCCCGCCCAGUUGAUGGAUGAAGACAUCGAGGCUAGAUUUAUUCAAGUUGUGAAUGAGGAGGGCGGCUUGAAUCCUCCCACAAUGCUCCGCGAUGUGCUCGGCUCAAUCGAUCGCAAACAGUAUUUCGUCAUGCAGGUGUCUCCCACGCUGUAUGACCGGCCCACCGUCUGCAAGAUAGUGAGUCGGAUCGAACUGCGAGAGCAGGAACGAAAAAAGGCGAAAGCGGCACACGCACUCAAAGUGUCGACCAAGCAGAUUGAGUUGAACUGGGCCAUCAAUGCGAACGAUCUCGAGUAUCGGCUGAAGCAGCUGAAGACGUUCUUGCUGAAGGGUCGGAAAGUGGAGGUCAUUCUGACCCGGAAGAAAGGCAAGAGGGCACCCAACGUGGAGGAGAUCAAGCAUCUCAUGGACAGCGUGAUCGAGGCCAUCAAGGGUGUGAAGGCCACGCAGGUUCAACCGAUGGAGGGAGUUCCGGGCAAGCACGUUGUUUUUGUGGUGAAGAAAACCGAGGAUUCGGACUGAACGUGCUUUUCUGGUGAACUGGUGUACAUUAUUUAGCAGAAACAAAAACAAUAUAAACUAUACUGUAACUACCCCGUUGUAAGUGAGCUUUGUGAGGCGGCCCGGGCCAUACGGGUUCCUCUAAGACACAGGCAGUACACCUUGGAAUGUCGGGAUAUCAUGGUCAUGGUCACACAUUUUGCAGCAAAGAGGGCAGUCUAUACUCCACACUUCUGUACGAUCAUACAAUGUUAUCUAUUAUCGUCAUAAUUGUCUUCAUAGAUAUCAUAUCAAACUGGUUCCUGAAGGUAUCCGCAAUUCCGCCCACCUGAUUGGCAGCGAUGAUGACUAAGCGCCC